AUCCCAAUAAUUUGAUCAUUUUAUAAACAUCGACCCAAUUUAACACGUGAGGUGUCCCCCUCCCCCAUACAUCCUAGACUGUUCUAGAAAUCAUCCGGCAAAGAAGCUUAUAGAAAAAUCUCUCCUCUGGAACAUUCCCCAUUUCCCUUUUUAUCUCGCCACUCCAUCUUUCAUUCCACAACUGAAACUCGUCUCUUCCAUUCAAUCAAGGUAGCUUUUCUCCAGUCUCCUUUCAAUUUUCUGCUUCGACGAUCAAGAAUUCUGCUUAUCGAUCGUUCGGUUCCUCUAAUUUCUUGAUUUUCCGUUCUGGGCAGGGCAAAAUAAAUUUGUGAAACAACGUACGGGCGUCGGAAAUGAGCGCAGUGGUGGACGCGAUGGCCCAGCUCCUCAACAUCCCGGAAGUGCUAGAGAGAAUGGUGUCGUCGGAGUACCGGGCACCGGACGGCGGGGAGAGCCGGGGAGUCGGUAGCAUUCCCGCCGACAUCCUCGACACCCCUAAGGAAUACGUUUUCUACCUCGACGUUCCCGGCUUAUCCAAAUCCGACAUUCAGGUGGGCGUGGAGGAUGAGAGGACGCUGGUGAUCAAAAGCAACGGGAAGAGGAAGCGGGAGGAAGAAGAGUGCAAGUAUUUGAGGUUGGAGAGGAAGGCGGCGCCGCAGAAAGUGGCGAGGAAAUUCAGGUUGCCGGAAAACUGCAACGUCUCCGCCAUUACCGCCAAGUGCGAGAACGGGGUGCUCACUGUGGUGGUGGAGAAGCACCCUCCGCCGCCCAAGUCCAAGACGAUUGAGGUGCCCAUCUCCUGACCGAUCGAUCGAGAACACGCCCGCCAAUUCUAAGCUGUUUGCAUCAAUUCCUAGUUUACUUGUUUAAUCGGAUUAUGAUGUAGUAGUAGUUUCUGAGUUCCAUGCUCCCAUAUGCAAACUUGUGUUAAGUUUCAUGAUUGUAUAAACGCGUUUUUGUAUCAGCGGAGAAAGGAAAGAACUAAGGA